AUGGAGUUCUUAACGCAGCUACUGUCAGCUGCUUGUUGUGCGGACAAUAAAUUGGACUCGUCAGGUGCUGUGCCCGUCAAUGGUUCUGGCCCGUUGACUCCUCUUCCUGUGUACGAGUUGUUUGCAGUCGUGUCGCACCUGGGCAAGUACGUGGUGGGAGGUUAA